CCGCCCACUCCAGCACUCGUAUGACUGACGGUGCGGCUCCAGCUGCUCGCUCUGUUUACGGUCCGCCUGUCCCGUAUGUGCGUGAUCCACCUGCUCAAACGCUCCUGAAGAUCCGCUGGAGUUUAACACGGGCCGGGCUGGAAGUGUUUUAUUCCCGUCUGGAUGAGUCAGUGUGUCUGUUGUGGACAUUUAAUCUGUAGCAGUUCCGCAUGAUCACUGCUGGAAUGACACACAGCUCCUUAACGAGCAGCCACACUCUCCAUGAACAGGAACUGGUGAGACCGGUGCAGAAGAGCUUCAUGAUGGAUGAAAGUGCUGUGAAUGAGUCUAAUGUGAAAGUGGCGGUCCGGGUGCGACCCAUCAACAGGAGAGAACGAGACUUAAAGACAAAAUGUGUUGUGGACAUGGAAGGAAAUCAGACCAUCCUGUACCCGGCCAAUGGAAACCUGGGAAAGGGCGACAGCAGGAGCAAACCAAAGGUUUUCGCUUAUGAUUAUUGCUUCUGGUCUAUGGAUGAGGUUGAGGCGGCCAAAUUUGCAGGUCAGGAUGUGGUGUUUCAGUGUCUUGGAGAGAGUCUUUUGGACAGCGCUUUCCAAGGAUACAAUGCCUGUAUAUUUGCAUAUGGGCAAACAGGCUCAGGAAAGUCGUACACGAUGAUGGGAACGGCGGAGCAGCCGGGUCUGAUCCCACGCCUGUGCAGUUCUCUGUUCGAGCGCACCAUACAGGAGCAGAGAGAGGGCGAGAGCUUCACCGUGGAGGUGUCCUACAUGGAGAUCUACAAUGAGAAGGUGCGAGACCUUCUAGAUCCCAAAGGGAGCCGGCAGGCGUUGAGGGUCCGGGAGCAUAACGUGUUGGGGCCGUAUGUAGACGGUCUGUCCCGCCUCGCUGUGACCAGCUACAAGGACAUCGAGUCUCUGAUGUCGGAGGGGAAUAAAUCCCGCACUGUGGCGGCCACGAACAUGAAUGAGGAGAGCAGCCGCUCGCACGCCGUCUUCAACAUCAUUCUGACGCACACGCUCCGAGACCUGAAGACUGGGACGAGUGGAGAGAAGGUGAGUAAACUCAGUCUGGUGGAUCUGGCCGGCAGUGAAAGAGCAGAUAAAACUGGAGCUGGAGGAGAAAGACUCAAAGAAGGCAGCAACAUUAACAGGUCCCUCACCACUCUUGGACUGGUGAUCUCGGCGUUGGCGGAGCAGGGUGCAGGAAAAAACAAGAGUAAAUUUGUUCCUUACAGAGACUCAGUGCUCACAUGGUUACUGAAGGACAGUUUAGGAGGAAACAGUCGCACAGCUAUGGUUGCAGCGGUGAGUCCAGCGGCCGACAACUACGACGAGACUCUGUCCACGCUACGGUACGCCGACCGGGCCAAAAGCAUCGUUAAUCACGCCGUGGUUAACGAAGAUCCAAACGCCAGAAUCAUCAGAGAGCUGAGAGAAGAGGUGGAGAAACUCCGUAGCCAGCUGACCGAGGCUGAGUCUAUGAAAGCUCCUGAGCUCAAAGAGAGACUGGAGGAGUCCGAGAAGCUGAUUCAGGAGAUGACUGUGAGCUGGGAGGAGAAACUCAGGAAGACUGAGGAGAUUGCACAGGAGCGACAGAAGCAGCUGGAAAGUUUGGGAAUUUCUCUGCAGUCGUCUGGGAUCAGAGUCAUUGAUGAUAAAUGCUUCCUGGUCAACCUGAACGCAGACCCCGCUCUCAACGAGCUGCUCGUCUAUUACUUAAAGGAACACAUAACUCGUGUGGGUUCUGCAGACUCUCAGGACAUUCAGUUGUGUGGUUUGGCAAUUCAAUCAGAGCAUUGUGUUAUAGACAUCAAACUAGAGACGGGAAUCACGCUCACCCCGAAGAGAAACGCUCGCACAUGUGUGAACGGCGCUGUGGUCUCGUCUCCCGUCCAGCUGCAUCAUGGGGAUCGAAUCCUCUGGGGAAACAACCACUUCUUCAGGAUCAGCGUGUCGAACGCGUAUCGUGUUGGUGUUGAGGAUGAGGAGGGGUGUACGACGAAGGCCGGUCUUCCUGAGCAUCUGGAUGUGGAUGUAGACCGUCUCAGUCACGCCUCCAGUGACAACAGCUUCAGUUUUGAGUCCGCACAGACGGAAGUCAUGAUGAAAGCGCUGGGAAACAACGAGCCGCUGCAGUCGGUGCUUCACUCUCUGGAGCGCAGGCAUGAGGAGGAGAAGCGCUCGGCUCUGGAGCGACAGCGGCUGAUGUACGAGCAGGAGCUGCAGCAGCUGCGCAGAAGUCUGUCGACAGAGCUGCAGACGCAGGGCUCUCACCCGCAGCAGCAGCGCCUGGUCUCCUCUCAGAGCCCACUGCGCCAGUGGAGUGACGAGAGGGAAGUUUUGAUGAAUCGAAGUCUGCGUAAGCUCAAAGAUCAGAUCGUGAAGGCCAAUCUGCUGGUUCAGGAGGCUGGAUUCAUCGCUGAAGAGCUCAACAAGAAAACCGAAUAUAAAGUCACACUGCAGAUCCCGGCUGCUAACCUCAACGCCAACCGCAAGCGGGACACGGUUCUGAGCGAGCCGGCGGUGGAGGUGAGGAGGAAGGGCAAAGGGAAGCAGAUCUGGUCCGUGGAGAAGAUGGAGAACCGGCUGCUGGACAUGAGAGAGCUGUACCAGGAGUGGAAAGACUAUGACGAGGACGAUCCUGCCAUGCGUUCAUACUUCAAGCGUGCCGAUCCGUUCUUCGACGAGCAGGAGAAUCACAGUCUGAUCGGUGUAGCAAAUGUCUUUCUGUCCUGUCUGCUGUAUGACAUCAAGCUGCAGUACGCAGUGCCUAUCAUCAGCCAGAAGGGGGAGGUGGCAGGUCGUCUUCACGUAGAAGUCGAGCGUCUGAGUGGAGAACUGGAAGAGCGUGAGACGGGGGUCUCUGAGAGCAGUCCAGACGGCGAGAUGCAAGAACACAAACUCAUCUGCAUGCUCAAGGUGUUGCAGGCGACUGGAUUGCCUCAGCACCUCUCAAACUUCGUUUUCUGUCAGUAUCAUUUCUGGGAGCAGCAGGAGCCCGUGUUUAUCGCCCCGGAAGUGGGUCUGACGGCCCCCAGCAGCAGAGAGCCGCAGAGUCUGGUGGUGUUUGACAACUGCAAGACUCUAGAAGUGGCCGUGACUGAAGACUUUCUGGAGUUUCUGAUGGACGGCGCCGUGGCUGUCGAGGUUUAUGGUCACAAACAGGCGAAUCCGCGCAGGAAUCUGGCUCUCUGGGACCUGGGGGUGAUUCAGGCAAAGACUCGCUCUCUCAGAGAGAGGUGGAGUGAAGUGACCCGCAGUCUGGAGCUCUGGGUUCAGAUCCUGGAGCUGAAUGAUGCUGGAGAGUUUGUGCCGGUGGAGGUUCAGCCAGCUAAGGAUGUCUGCACAGGAGGAAUCUUUCAGCUUAAACAGGGUCAGUCCAGGCGUGUUCAGGUGGAGGUGCGUUCGGUCCAGGACUCCGGCACCAUGCCUCUAAUCACUGAGUCUGCGCUCAACAUCUCCAUCGGCAAUGUGGAGGUCCAUCAGACUCGAUCUGGCAAAAGCACAGAGACCCAGAGGGUGGGAGAUAAAGAUGUGGACAGUUAUCAGGAGGUUGAUCUGGAGAAACUGAGGGCCCGGUGGCUCACGGCUCUGACUGAACGACAGGAAUAUCUGGACCAACGUCUCCAGAAACUCGUCAGCAAGCAAGAUAAGUCAGAAGAGGAUGUGGAGAGCGAGUCGCAGCUGCUGGAGUGUCGUCUGACGCUGACAGAGGAGAGAAACGCUGUGCUGGUGCCCUCUGCUGGCAGUGGUAUCCCAGGAGCCCCGGCGGAGUGGGUUCCUGUGCCAGGAAUGGAGACCCACAUCCCAGUCAUCUUCCUGGACCUCAGCGCUGAUGAUUUCCAUGAUCAUCUGUCCGCUCCUCUAGCUGGAGGUCUGGAUGCUGCACUCGACAGAGAAGAUAAAGAUGAUUUCAUGGACUUACAGAUAGUCAAACACUAUGACAAUGAGGUGAAGGCAGAGGCAUCAUGGGACUGCACCGUUCAUGACAGCCCUGAGCUGAAUCGAGUGACGGGGCCAGAUCAGAGGAUUUACCUCAGCAUCCGCACCAUCGUUCUGCUCAGUCAUCCCGCACAAAUGCAGCUGGUGCUACGCAAGCGCAUCUGCGUGAACCUCACCGGACGACAGGGUUUUGCUCAAAGUCUGCUGAGGAGAAUGUCUCACCGCAGCUCAGUUCACAGCUGUGGAGUCACAUUUGAGAUCGUCUCAAAUAUCCCAGGGGACAUUCAGAGAUUUGAGGACAGAGAGAUGCUCGCCCGACUGGCUGCCAGCACCGACAACCCAGGAGCGGAAAGUGAAGCUGCCAUCGAGAAAUACCUGCAGAGUGUGUUAGCGGUGGACAACAUCCUCACGCUGGACCGUCUCAGACAGGAGGUUUCUGUGAGGGAACAUCUGACAGAUAAAGGAAAGAUUCCCAAACGCUGCCUCAGUUCACCCAAUGUACACCGGCUCUCUGGCAGUAGGAAAGAUCUGUCCAGCAGCCAAGACUCAGAAGACAAUAAAAGUGGUUGGGACAGUCGGCAGGAGAUUUCUAUGCUAACAUCAGCCACAAAGAGUCCAUCUCACUCAGCGUCAGUACAAAAUCAAAACUCGGAGCCAGGUAACUGUCCUCAUCCUCUCCUGCUGUCCACGUUUCCCUUCACAGGUCUCUCAGGAUUUGCUGCAUCUUAUUUCUCCCCAGUGAAAGCUCUAGUGUCUCCAGUACCCAAGAUGUUCAAGACUCUGUUAUCCAAGAAAGAGGAGAAGAAAGAGACGCCUCCUCCUGCUGUCUUUGAGCAGAAUGUGCCACGUAUUAUUGUGCAGUCUGCCAGUCUUGAAGACAUCAACAGCUAUGAACUGACUCCACAGGGUCCAUCAAAAGAAACUGCUCAAGACAGCCAAUCAGAAUCUGCUUCCUUUGUGCCCAUAUUUCCAUUUAUUCCUGAUAAAGUAGAGACCACUGAAGCAUCCACCAUAUCCUCAGAAACCACGUCUGACAUCCAGAUAAGCCAUGCUAUGGAAACUCCAAUUUCUGAGAAUAUUGAGGAGAUUCUACGUCCUCAAGAAGUUGAAGUUCCACCUCUUUCUGUUCCUCCAGUGGUUGAGGAAGUUCUACCUUCUAAUCUUUCUCCAGAGGUUGAGGUUCCACCUCCUAAUUUUCCUUCAGAGGCUGACAAGGUUCUACCUCCAUCUGUUCCUCCAGUAGCUGAGGAAGUUCCAGCUCCUAAUCUUUCUUCAGAAAUUGAGGAGGUUCUACCUUCAUCUGUUUCUCCAGAGGCUGAGGAGGUUCUACCUCCAUCUGUUCCUCCAGUAGUUGAGGAAGUUUCAGCUCCUAAUCUUUCUUCAGAGGUUGAGGAGGUUCUACCUUCAUCUGUUUCUCCAGAGGCUGAGGAGGUUCUACCUCCAUCUGUUCCUCCAGUAGUUGAGGAAGUUUCAGCUCCUAAUCUUUCUUCAGAGGUUGAGGAGGUUCUACCUUCAUCUGUUUCUCCAGAGGCUGAGGAGGUUCUACCUCCAUCUGUUCCUCCAGUAGUUGAGGAAGUUUCAGCUCCUAAUCUUUCUUCAGAGGUUGAGGAGGUUCUACCUUCAUCUGUUUCUCCAGAGGCUGAGGAGGUUCUACCUCCAUCUGUUCCUCCAGUAGUUGAGGAAGUUUCAGCUCCUAAUCUUUCUUCAGAGGUUGAGGAGGUUCUACCUUCAUCUGUUUCUCCAGAGGCUGAGGAGGUUCUACCUCCAUCUGUUCCUCCAGUAGUUGAGGAAGUUUCAGCUCCUAAUCUUUCUUCAGAGGUUGAGGAGGUUCUACCUUCAUCUGUUUCUCCAGAGGCUGAGGAAGUUCUGUCUCCAUCUGUUUCUGCAGAGGUCAGAGAGGUUCUGCCUCUUUCUGUUUCUCAAGGACUCAAAGAGUCUCUAGCUCCUACUGUUCCAUCAGAGAUUAAGGAGGUUUCACCUCCUGCUCCUGUAGAGGUAGAAGACCCCAAGCAAAGUCCAGUUGGUGAUUCAACAAACAGCUCCAUCAGCGAUGUCUCAAGUGGAUACAUCUCCACAAGUGUCUCCAUAAUGACUCUCUCCGAGUGUGUGGUCUCGAAUGUUGAUCCUCCUCUCCUCAACAGCACAGAGGCCAAAAUAGACUCUACUUCCAAAAAGACUGAACCAAAAACAGAGUUUGUGCCAAUAAGCAACACGUCCCGGGAGCAUCAGUCAAAACUUGAACCAGCUGACCUAGAACUUGGAGAACGGGCACCUACAGAAUCCCAGACAUCAGAAGAACAUGGUCAAGUGUCUCCUCUAGAUGCGUCUCCUCAAAAAAUCCUCAGUGUUUCUGAUUCCUUACCUCAAGAAACCUCUGAAGCCAGCGUCUCUUCAUCUUGUUCAGCCGCAUCAGUACCAUCUACGCCAUUAGCACCACCAGUUGCCUCAAAAGCAUCUGAUCCAUCAGUACCGGUGAAGACAGCUAAGCCAUCAGCGCCUGCCCAGCAAUCAAGACCUGAACAAAACGUCAAACCCACUCCUCCCACCUCCAACCCUUUCCAAAUCCACAGAGUCAAGACCUCCGGCCUAAAGUCUUUCAAAGGGAUCCUGCCUGAAGAAGAGGAAGAGGGUAAAACUAAACACAAUAACUUUUCAUCUGCACUGAGCGAGUCUCAAGAAAGACUGGAGAUCCUUUCUGAUUCAGAGGAAAGCCUUGAGACUCCCGACUGGCUGAAGGAGGGGGAAUACGUCACUGUGGGCACCAAUAAAACUGGAACAGUCCGUUACGUUGGACCAACUGACUUUGCAAAGGGCGUUUGGGUUGGAGUGGAACUUGAUGUUCCAGCAGGUAAAAACGAUGGUUCGGUCGGCGGUCGCCAUUACUUCCACUGCAACCCUGGUUACGGUGUUCUUGUGAGACCAAAUCGAGUUGUAAAAGCGACGGGUACCGCUAAACGGUUGAGGCAGAAACGCAAUCAGAACCUCUCGGGAUCUAGUCCCAACCUGGCAGCCCUUACAGCGAUGGCCAAAGGAGAAGCUGGAGCACGCAAGGGUGAAAACAGGAAGUCUUGGGUUAGCUGAGGAAAAUGCAUCAUUGUUGAUGGACGUGUACGGAGGACAGUAUUGGUAUGGCACUGAAACACUACACUGAUACUUGCAGGGAUGUAACUGCCACCUGAUUUACGCAUGUCUACACUACAUAGUGCCUAGUGUUCGAAAAGCCCAUGUUAGAGGUGUAUUUUCAGCCUCGGUAAGCAGUAUUUUUGGUAUUAUUAUUAUUUUUUUUAUGUUUUUAAUAUCAUAAAGUGCCCCGCUUAUCUGAACCCAAUGUCAGGGAGUAUGUCCAUGUGGUUGUUCCCUAGAAAAAUCAGGACACUGAUGGAUUCAUUUCAUGAUUUUAUAUACAGUAGGAAGGCUAGAUGGGAUUUACUUGUGGAGAUAAAAAGCUCCAGACAGUUUUAUUCAUAAAUGAUUGUUUUUAGUGUUAUUAUGGGGAGUUGGUUCUGUAUUUUCUCUUGGUUUGGUACCUUUGAAUUAUUGUUUUUCUUCUUCUUGAACAGAGUAAUUUAUGAUCAAAUUGUUAUUUAUUUUGCACAUCAAAGUAAUGACAAAAAAUUAUGUUGAAGAUUUUAUAUUGCAAUGGUGAGAGUAAUAAACUUUAUUAUUUUAUUAUCUUGCCUUUAAACAUCUGCAUGAAAUCGUAGAAGAUCUUAUAUUCCAUCUUCAAACUCUUUAAAACGCAGUAAUGGAAGAAUAAAAUCACACGGCUGAUCAUCAAUAUACCUUUAUUUUCCAGAAGAUAAAGUACUAAAAUAAACACAAGUUUUAAAAAAAGUCAUUUUAAACAAAGAAACUGUACAAAAAGUUCAUAUAUACUAUAGUAUACUUACAGAACAGUCUACUGUCCAAAAAAGGCACUAAAUUCUUAAAUGGGAGAUACAGAUGAUUCACAACAGAAUGCUUUGAAAUCAUAGACUUAUUUGAUUCAAACAAUCUUUAAAUUCAUAGUUACUGUCUUCUGUUUAUUUAUACAGUUGCUUUUAUAGGCCUAUAGAUUUUUUUGUUUAUAGACAUAUGAAAACUAAAUGGAAAGCACCCCAUUUAAACCAGCGGGGUUAGCGUUCGUUGCUCUGGAUUAAAACACUUGAGGCAACAGAACGAGUCAUUCGUAGUAUCUGUAUGUCACUGUGAGAUCAUGUAAAUGUCAAUACUUGACGUCAUACUGCAGUUUGGCACAUUCUGUCAUGUGUACAAAGAGGCUCUAGUGACACAGACGUGGACAAGUCGUUUCCUUAGUUUGAAAUACAACUGUAAAAGCACAUUUGAACAUUACAGCAUUAGAAAACGACCUGUAACAAACUUAUAUUACAAAAAAAUGUGGCAAAUAAAGUAGUGUUUCUUGAGUGAAGGGGGUGCAUGAUCUGAAUCAGACACGCUUCAGGAGACUGCUCUGAACAUAAAAACGGUGUAAAACAAUCAAAUAAAAAAAGAAUCUUGAAUUAUUAUUAAGCAAAAAUUGUCAUUUUAUAAAUAUCAAUUGUACACAGGAAGAAUCGAGGAAGGAUACAUAAAAAUAAAAAAAACUAGGCUUCAUUCAUGACAUGGACAGAAGCAGUUUCUGUUAGCUGUUUGUAAAACCAUUCUUAUGUCAUUAGUCGCUUUAUGCAAGUGUUGCAUUGAGUUUGUGAUCAUUUAUGUAAGAACGGCUCUACGAAUGAGUCGUUCUGCUCGUUUCAAUGAAUGAAGCCCAGCGAGUAAAUAGUUAUUUUAGAACCUUUUUGAAUAAAAUAAGCUACAAUUUGGAAUCAAGCUUAUGUUAGAUGAGAGUUAGACUCUCAGAGCUGUGUGGCAGCAGAACAAACAUUUAUCAGUCAGUCUCUCGUGAACGAUUAACACUGUGGAAUUCUGAUGUCAUUUCACAAUAUUAAUAAAAGUUCUUGGGAGUUCGCACAUGUUAUAAUUCUGACUGCUGUCAACUUGAGCCAGUAUUUCACAUUGACGUAUUUCGUUCUAAACAUCAUGAGAGCAGAUGCUUCGGUCUUUGCGUGAAAUCUUUGCACGUAAAUAAAAACGUAAAAGCUAAAUAAAUACAAACAUAAGAAUAGCGCUUUAAUGCAUAUUGACUUUGGGUAAUGCUGGACACUUAACGGUUUAAAAUUAAGAAAGCUAGCGGUCUGCCCACUGAAGUCUCUCUUUGCAGGUUCAUUUAGAGUCCAGGAGACUUGCGCUUUGGCGGUUAUGUAACCAUAUCUUUCAAGUUUCACUACAAUUAAUUUCACCCCUCCCCCUGCCCCUUUUGAACAUAAUUCAAAUCAAAGUACAAUGUAAUGCAAUUGGAUGAAUCUAAAAAAAA